AUGCCAUCAAAUAAGUACACCCCACCUACUGUGAGUACUGUCACAUUAUCUUCCUCGGUAUUGUUGUCGUUGCUUAGGCACACAUCCGAACACUACCCUUCCAUCUUUUCUGGCGCGUUGUUGGGGUUUGAAGAUGAAAAAACUGUUGAUAUAACUCAUGCAUUCCCAUUUCCUUAUCCAGAUCAAUACGAAGGUGGGUCGUUCAAAUCGAAAAGUGGAAGUCAAUACCAAAAGGACUUGUUGGAGAAUUAUAAAAAAUUGGGUUAUGGAGUCGAAUUUCAAGGUUGGUUCCAGUCAACAGUUUCUGGUAGUUUUGUAACAAGUCAAUUGGUUGAAGCCUUGGCGCAACAACAAUUACAAAAUCCAAACAUUUUCAUCUUGAUUCAUGAUAUGUCUAGUAUUGGUCAAGAAAUAAAUUUGAAAGCACUCAGGUUAUCCAAUGGAUUUAUGAAUGCUUAUGUUGAUGGUAAAUGGAGAUCAAGAGACUUGGAAAAGAACAAGAUAUCAUAUUUGAAUCUAUUCGAUGAAUUGGAGCUUGAUGUACAGAACCAAGCUCUUGUCGAUUUAUAUUUGGCGUCAUCUAAGCCAGCAUCAAUAACUGAAUCCGAUUACAAUGUUGUCAACUUGUUAUCAAACUCCAAUUCAACCGCUCACUUGUUGGAAUCGUUAUACGGGCAAGUAGAUUCAUUCAACUAUGACCAAAACAACUUCAACUACUACCAAAGGCAAUAUUCAAAAGAGCAAGGUAAAAUUCAACAAUGGAAACAACAAAGAAAAUAUGAAAAUUUGGAAAGAGCAAAGAAUGGGGAGAAGGAGUUGGAUACCGAUGAAUGGAAAUCACAAUUUAAAUUACCAGUUGAACCAUCAAGACUCAACAACAUGCUUUAUAGUCAUUCGAUUGAUGUAUUGGCUGAUGAUAUUUUGAAGAAAUGUGAUGAAAAAUUGCAAAAGAGUUUUGCUAUUAAUAGAAAAUUGACUUCAUAG